AUGGAACAAUUGGUCUUCAGUUGGAUUGAUUAUUUACUGUUUUCGAGCCUACUGGGCACGAGCCUUUUGAUUGGAAUUUAUUUCGGAUUUUUCAGUAAACAAGACAGCGUCAGCGAAUAUUUGUUUGGCGGCAAAAGCAUGGGGUACCUCCCCGUUGCCACGAGUAUCCUCGCAAGUCUCCUGUCCGGAAUAACGUUUCUGGGCGUACCCACCGAGGUUUACCUGUACGGCUGUCAAUACUUCCUCACCGUUUUCAACACCAUCGCCACCGGAGCUCUCACCGCCUACGUGUUCAUCCCCGUGUUCUACAACCUGCAGAUCUCGAGUACUUACGAGUACUUGGAGCUGAGAUUUUCACGGGCGACCAGACGCUUCGCAUCGGUAUUGUACGUAAUAUCGCUAUCGAUGCACCUGCCGAUAGUCAUAUACGUGCCGGCACUUGCCUUUUCUCAAGCUACCGGGUACAAUCUCCACUUGAUAACGCCUCUCUUGUGCAUCGUUUGCAUCACUUACACCUCAAUGGGAGGUGUUAAGGCUGUCGUUUGGACGGACACGAUACAGUUCAUUUUCACAGUCGGAGGACUGAGUACCGUUCUCGCUGUCGGUGUGUACUCGGUGGGAGGGUUUUUCAAUGUCUGGAAAAUAUCAGGCCAAGGAGGACGCCUUGACAUAUUUGAUUUCAACCCCAGCCCAUUCGUCAGAAAUAAUUUUUGGUCGAUGACGAUAGGAACUACGUUCUCGUCGCUAAGCCACUCUGCGGUUGGACAAAAAUUCAUACAGAGAUAUUUGGCUAUAAAAUCGCUAGCUGACAUUAACAAAGCUGUUUUGUUCAAGACCGUAGGCACUGUGAUCAUUGAUGUGAUGUGUACGUAUGCCGGUCUCGUAAUAUACACUCAGUAUUAUAAUUGCGAUCCGAUCAGUGCAAAAUUAAUUUCGCGCAACGAUCAAAUUGUUCCUUACUACGUUAUGGAUAUCACGAAAAACUUGCCGGGCAUAGCUGGAGUGUUUCUCGCUGGUAUAAUCAGUUCUGCUUUGUCAACUAUGAGUGCCGGUAUCAAUACCUUAUCUGGCAUAAUAUAUGACGACUUUAUCGAGCAACGGAUGCCCGAGUGUCCCGAAAAAGAUGCCAGAGCAGCUAAUAUUAUGAAGGUCAUAUCCGUGUUCGUGGGUCUGAUCAGCAUAGCGCUGAUUUUCGCGAUCGAGCACAUGGGAACGGUUCUGGAGAUGUCCUACAGCUUCCGUGGCGCAGCGGAUGGACCCUUGCUGGGCUUCUUUUUGCUCGGAAUGUUCUUCCCUUGCGUGGGGAAAAAAGGGGCGAUGACGGGCGCCUGCGUCGGCUUGUCCUUCAUGCUCUGGGUAGUCGUUGGUGCCAAGUGGCACAUGCUUUACAACCCGAAAUCGCCAGACACAAAACUGCCCAUGUCGACCGCAAACUGUUCGGUUGUAGCCAACGAGACAAUAUUUGAGAAAACUGUGCUCCCAACGUCAAAGGCAUACGAGGAACCGAUGAUUCUUUUUCGAAUAUCGUUUUUGUACUUUUGCCUCGUCGGGACCGUUAUUACUGUGGCCGUUGGGGUGGCUGUCAGUUACAUCGUCGGGGAGUCUAACAGCACCAAAGUUGAUCCGGAUCACUUGACUCCUAUCAUGAGGAGGUAA